UGGUCAGUUGGGUUAUAAAAAACUAAAUCUCUUUCAAUUUGGAGACACGAAGAGUUACAAAUUUCUGGACAAGUAGAAAAGAAAGAAAGAAAGAUGGCCCCUCGUGAAAACCACAGCUCCUCCGUUGAAUAUCUGUCACGAUCCUGAACAAGCCGUACUCACAGUAAUUACGUCUGCUCAAAUUAUUCAAUACAAUUAACCAUGGUAGACCAAACUCAUUCACUACCCUUCACACAUGUUAUCACCUUUUUCAUGUUAUAUAAUAUGUCGGGAUGCACCCACCCUCAUUCACCACCCCACUCUUCACUUUCCUCUAUUCUCUCUUCUUAGCUUAUCAUGGAACUACCAGACCUCAUUCUGCUGGCCUUGGCCUUUCUGUUCCUCCGGUGGUGGCGGCGCCGCUGUUCCUCCACCGGUGCCGGGCCCAAGAACCUCCCUCCAGGCCCGCCGGGGUGGCCAGUCGUGGGAAACCUUUUUCAAGUCAUCCUGCAACGCCGUCACUUCAUCUACAUCAUCCGCGACUUACGUAAAAAGUACGGUCCAAUCUUCACCAUGCAAAUGGGCCAGCGCACGUUGAUCAUUGUCACCAGCGCGGACCUCAUUCACGAAGCGCUAAUCCAGCGAGGCCCAUUGUUCGCGAGCCGGCCCGAAGACUCCCCCAUCCGACUCAUCUUCAGCAUGGGCAAGUGCGCCAUCAACUCGGCCGAGUACGGCCCUCUCUGGCGCUCCCUCAGACGGAACUUCGUGACAGAGAUGAUCACCCCGCUCAGGAUAAAGCAGUGCAGCUGGAUCAGAAAAUGGGCCAUGGAGGCCCACAUGAGAAGGAUCCAACAAGAGGCCCGGGAAAACGGGUUCGUGGAAGUGAUGAGCAACUGCAGGCUCACCAUAUGCAGCAUCCUCAUCUGUCUCUGCUUCGGCGCAAAGAUCGAAGAGGAACGAAUCAAGAGCAUCGAGAGCAUUCUCAAGGACGUCAUGCUUAUAACGCUUCCCAAGCUUCCAGACUUCUUGCCAGUGCUCACUCCGCUGUUCCGGCGACAGCUGAAGGAAGCCAGGCUGCUGAGGAAGAAGCAGGUGGAGCUUUUGGCGCCGCUGAUAAGAAGCAGGAAGGCUUUCGUCGACAGCGAGGGGAAGUUAGGGGGUGCUGAGAUGGCCAGUCCCGUUGGUGCUGCUUACGUCGACUCGCUUUUUAGGUUAGAGGUGCCUGGUCGUGGCAGGUUGGGGGAGGAGGAGCUUGUGACGCUGGUGUCUGAGGUUAUCAGCGCCGGCACGGACACCAGCGCCACGGCGGUGGAGUGGGCGCUGUUUCACUUGGUGGUGGAUCAGGAGAUUCAGGAGAGGUUGUAUAGAGAGAUUGUGCAGUGUGUGGGGAAGGACGGUAAGAUCACGGAGAGUGACGUGGAGAAGAUGCCUUAUCUCUCCGCCGUGGUGAAGGAGACUUUCCGGCGACACCCGCCCAGUCACUUUGUGCUGUCCCACGCGGCCACGGCGGAGACGGAGCUGGGAGGGUACACGAUUCCCAAGGAUGCGAGUGUGGAGUUUUACACGGCGUGGUUGACGGAGGAUCCGAAUAUGUGGGAGAAUCCGAAUGAGUUCCGACCCGAGAGGUUCGUGAGCGGGGAUGGGGUUGAUGUGGACGUUACGGGAACGAAAGGGGUGAAGAUGAUGCCGUUUGGUAUUGGGAGGAGGAUUUGUCCAGCGUGGACUCUUGGGAUUUUGCAUAUAAACUUGUUACUGGCUAAGAUGGUUCAUGCUUUCCAAUGGUUGCCUCUUCCCAAUGCCCCUCCAAACCCCUCUGAGAAAUUCGCUUUCACUGUUGUCAUGAAGAACCCUCUACAGGCAGUUAUUGUCCCCAGAUCCAUUUCUGUUUAAGUUCAUCACUACACUUGAUCAUUCGACUCCGUGGAAGAGAAUAUAUAUGUAGUUUACUGUAAGGCAUGAAAAAGAAUAUUAGUGAUUUGACUCUUUUUUGUAGGGUAUUUGGGAAGCUUCCUCUGCUCUCUAUUUGCCUUUGCGCUUUGAGUCUCUGCUACUGUACAAGUCAAGUCAAGGUGAUAUCUAUCCUAUAUAUACGACAUACUGUAUCAAAUAUUUAUUAUAUAUGCACAUUUCCUCAUGCUUCAAAAUCUUAACCAAUGCUAUUUCGUUCUUCCACUCAUUUCAACCUACCCCGUUUAAUUUAAUUGAAUGAAACAUCUUUUUAUAUAUGUAUAACAAUACAAAGUUAACUUAUAUGAUUACCACAUUUUAAUCUUAUCAGUGUUUUUGUUAAUUGGAUGAGAAUAUCAUUUUAAUUAGCUUCCUGUUCAACCAUAGAGUCUUCCUCUUCGGUUUUCCGAGCGCAUUGAUGAUUACUCAAGACAUGCUUGAAAUAAAUACAAGUUGCGUAUCGAAUGUUCUGUAUCCACGCGCAAACAUCCAAUAUAAACCUCAUAAUUUGCUCUAGUUUGAAAAUCGUGUUCGUGUAUCAGAGACAAGACGGUUACCGAAUUAUACCGAAUUAGCGAACAUGACCCUCCAAAGAACUUGGCCAUCCACGUGCGUAGUGAGGAGAGUGGGAUGGCAUCUGCAUAUAUUUGGAUAGAAUCAUUCUCACAUUCUACUACGGAUAUUUAAAUAUUGUAUAUCACGUCAUUCUUUAAAGCAUAUGAAAAUUUGUUUAUUAGGUAGAAAAUCUCAUUAUUUAAGUAACAUUUUUUAGCUUCUUAUUUUAUUUAGUGUAUAACUUAUAAUAUUUUCAUUUUUUUAAGAGUUUAUGUU